AUGGCGAUUCCGGCUGGCAGAAACUUCGCCAGUUGCUAUAUGGAACUGUGUAAGCAGCAACGAUUGCGACCGUUGCCGGUGAUAUGUGUGACCUUGCCACAUAAUCUGGACUUCACUACCGAUCGUAUCAAAAUGGACGACUGGAGACCGAUCUUGAACUCACUUUCUCUCGAUCGCUCGCUCAAAUCCAUCAGCGUGCAUAGCAGGUAUCAAUGCCGCAAACCGUUAGAAGAGAUUAAUUCCGAGGAUAAAGCGCGAGCAAUGGGUAAAGCUCCGGUGGUUCUCACACGUUAUUUGUUGGAGUGGCUGUCACAGAGUAUCGGCCAAUGUGUGAGGAAUUCACCCAGUCUCACGCACUUGGAACUCGAAGGUAUCCCAUUUCCACCGGAUUGCAUUGCGGUGCUCUGCGUUGGCCUGUCGGGAACACAGACUCUACAUCAUUUAUCUCUUCGACGUUGUUACAUCGGCGACAACGGCUGCGAAUUGAUCUGUCGAACGAUAGCGGACAUACGCAGCGUGAAGUCAUUGAAUCUUAGUUACUGCGACCUUACACCGAGCAGUGGCAGCGCAUUAGCGUCCGCGCUCUCAAGACAGAAAUUGGCAUUGUACCACGACACCUGGAAACAAUCGCUGAGAUACCGCGAGCCCAAUUUCGACACGAUGCCUGGGCUACGUCGGCUGACGUUAAACGAUAAUCCGCAUCUGGGGAAUUGCGCCGUUAUGGAAAUGAUUGAGGCAAUACGCGACAGUUUGUGGAUGAAAGCGCUGGAUCUUCAGCAUUGUGGCUUGACGGAUCAAAUCGGCGCGGAUUUGCUGAACUUACUUGACCAGAAUAGCACGCUGAUAGUACUCGACGUGAGGAAGAACGUGAACCUAAACGACGAGCUCGCGACGGAGGUGAUGAGAAGAUUAGUGAAGAAUGAUGUUGAGGGAAAAUCGGAAUACAAGUGGAUGGGUUUAACGCCAAAGGAUAAGAAAAUCGUAUCGACUGAUAUUCGAAGAGGUAGUGAGAACGAGGACACUACGAAGCUUGUGAAAGCGCGAAGUGUCUUUACUAAAUACACAAAGCGACCGUGUCAGAUAAUUCCACCGAGAAGAACAGUUCCAAUAUCGCUGUUAUCGACAAAAAUGAAGAUUCGACCUUUACCGCCGGACUUUCGUAAUAUAACUCAACAACGCGAUUCAAUCCAUUCGCAAAUGAUCAACAAUGUACGAACGAUGCCCAAGGUCUCUCUUCAUUUGGAUCUUCAAUCUCGUAUUCAGCCCGCGGUGAAUCGCGUCGAUUGCGACGUCGGGGCGCAAUCGAAACACAAAGAUACCGUAAAAUGUUCCGACGAGACAAGUUUGAAGAGUUUUGAUUCUCCCAAGAUAGACGUUGGUAUGCAAAGUGUGAACCAGCAGAGUGAUUCAGAAGAAAUCCAAUGUAUUCUCAGGCAAUUGGCGGAAGCUCAAGCAGAACACGAUCGUCUUCUGAAGGAGACCAAACGAACCGAUCUUUUGCUUGUUGAAGAACGAGCGCGUCGCGAAGCCGCCGAGAUGAACCUGCGAUCGGCACAAGACAACUUGGUCAAGCUGGAAUGUGCUCUGCAGAAGAAGGAAAACGAGACUAGAGGUUACCUGCUAGUCAGCCAGCAGUCCUUGGACGAGAUAUGCUUGUCAUUCGAUCGGCUUCUAGAGCUAUUAGAGAACGUUGCCGGCAAAUAUCCGUACGACAGGACAUUGGAAUCGCAGCAAAUCGUAAGCGCAGACAUUAAGCGAUGCAUAACAUCCGUCAUUAGGCAGACCAAGUCAGAGAAUCUCAAACGGGGCGUCUACAAGGUGGACGCCGAAUUGCCGCAAUACAUCGUGGACAGCGCGCAAAAGUUUGUCAAAUCUGAGAGCGACGUAAGAUCGAUGAUGCCGAUUCCGGCGACAUAUCUUGAGAGAAAGAUUGGCGAGUGUCCGGAGAACAAUGAACUGCAUCAUCGGUGUCGCGAGAUCGAUAAAUCGAUGUCGUCCGCUGAUCGAGCCCGAGCGAUCUUCGCAAGCAUCAUUAGCGGUGAUGCUAUUGACUUAUGCUAG